AAUCAGCUUUAAUUAGUGCCAGCUUAUUAAAGCGGCACAUAUAUAAAAAAGUUUGGUUCUGAGAGGGAUCAGGUGGGUGUUGCCUGCGGACGUCGUAUGGGCGGUGCAGGCGUCUCGCACAGGCGAGCCUCCCGACUCAUCACAUCCCUUUAGAACCAAGAAGAAUCAACGUCACCAUCAGCAGCUUUGGAUAAGUACUCUCGUACGGCUCUGUUAUCAAAUAAGAAGAACUUGUGGCCUCCUCGCGGGGCACUACCGGGACGAGGGAGGCCUACUGGAUCGCCACAGCCCGUCACCACCACCGCCACUACCACCAACAUAACCUGGGGGCCACCGAUGCAGUGAGGUGUGUAAAUAGUCGGGUGAGAGUGACAACAUGGGCGUCAAAGGCCUGUGGGAUGUGGUGUCACCUACGGGGGAACUGGUGUGCUUGUCAUCACUAGCAGGACAGGCAGUGGCAGUGGAUCUGGCCAGCUGGCUGGUAGACACACAGAGCCUGCAGUUGGGACAUUUCAUGACCCGCCCCCAUCUCAGGAACUUGUUUUUCCGCACUACAGCAUGUCUUGAGGCUGGUGUUCUGCCUGUGAUGGUGCUGGAUGGGGAGGCACCCAGCCUCAAGUGGAACACCAUUGAUGCACGAAACAAUGCCAGGAACCUUGGCCGCACUGGUAGUGGUGGUGGUGCAACUGCCACCGCUGCUAAAAGUAAAAGGUCUCGCUUCAAUGCAGUUUUGAAAAAGUGUGGAGAACUGUUUGACCUGCUGGGUGUGCCAUGGGUUUGUGCUGCAGGGGAGGCUGAGGCCACCUGUGCUGCUCUCAACUACCAUCAGGUGGUGGAGGGAGUCAUUACACAGGACAGCGAUGUUUUCCUCUACGGUGGCAACACUGCCUUCAGAAGCUUCACUACUAGUCAGAAAAAGGCAACAGCAGAGAAAUAUAGCAUGGACCUCAUUGAAGAGCGUCUGCAUCUCACCCGCGGUGGCAUGAUGCUUCUGGCCAUCCUGCUGGGCUGUGACUACCUGCCGGGGGGCGUGCAUGGGGUUGGCAGGGACACAGCAGUAAGGUUCAUCAAGGAGGUUUAUGCUGCUGGUGACCAAGACCCAACACAAAGAUUGAAGCAAUGGGCCAAAGAAGACAUCCCCACACUAUCUAGUACUGAACUUGCCUCUACCAAAUGGAAGAAAGGGAAUACUGAUAUACUGGAAGAUGGGCUGAAGAAGAGGCUUGUGGCUACCAAUGGCUUUCCAUUCACCCAGCUGCUGGCAGAGUUCAGACGAAGGCUCCCACAGCCCCUGAAGAAGGUGCUGUGGGCCCGGCCAGACUUCAAGGGCCUUAUGCGUUGGUGUGUGCAAAUGCUCGACUGGGAGGCACCGUAUGCGCUGGAGAAGGUGGCACCUGUGGUGACCCGCUGGACAGUUACGCAAGGAGCUAUUCUAAGGCCACUCCAGCCAGUUCGUGCCGUGAAGCAGUGUGUCAGGAGGGGCGUGGCGUCCCUGAGGGUGGAAUGGCAGGUGAGCGAGUGUUCCUCCCUGCUGCCAGAUGCCCCACAGCAGGUCACCACAGAGGAGCCGCUGCACCUGCUGCGCACCUCACUCCCUCACCUUGUGCAGCAGUUUGAGGACAUGAUUCUCAAUGCAAAAAAAGGUAAAAUUAAAAGCAAGACCAAGAAGUCCAAAGAAACCCUAAAAGAUAAGGAAAAUAUUUGUCAUAGCAGCCACACCAUGACAGAAUACUUCAAGACAGUAAAGCCAAGAAGUACAGCUGAAGCCCAAAACAGUGUUGUGAGGAAAGCCUCCAGGAUACCCAGCUGCAAGGUCAAGGAUGCCAGACAAUUAAAAGAAAAAAGACAGGUGACAUUAAGCACUCAUGACAUCAAGCCUAUCAAGGAAAACUCGAGGAAAGAUCUGCAGCAUCAUAUACAAUUCAGAUCUGGAACAGAGGAGGAGGAGGAGGAGGAUGUGCAUUCUGAGAGUGAUGAGAGAGAACUGUCACUCAUUAUUGAUAGGAUUCUUAAUAUGGACAUGAAUGGUGGGAAGAAACAGCCUUCCAUCACAAAAAAAACAAAGUGGGGGAAUGAGUGUGAAACUAAAGGAGGAUUAAUUGCAGUACAAAAUUUGGGGGGCAUGAGUGGUGAGGUUAGUGAAGCAGGAGAGAAAACAAAAAAUAAUGAAAGUCUGAAGAAUAUACAUUUUCCACGAACACCAAGUUUAUUUGAAAGAGCAUCGAAAAGACUUUCUCAAAAGACCAAAAAGCAGACAGAAAUUUUGCAAAACAACACUACCACAACAGAGCAAGCCAAAAGCAAGUCUGUUUCAGCAAAAAAUAAUCUUUCCAGUACAGAAAUUGAUGCCAAAAUAGGUACACACAUUGGAAACAUUACAGAGGAAAGGGUAUACGGGAUUCUAGAAGAAACAUUACAAUUUCCAACAGGUGUUGAUCUUGAAAGAAAGGUAGGGUCUCACAAUGUGUCGACUGACAUGUUUGAAGAGAGUUUGGGUGAAGACACAAUGGCUAGAAUAUUUGAGGACACAAUGACCGAAGACACCUUGGCUAAAAUAUUUGAGGACACAAUGAGUGAAGACACCUUGGCUGGAAUGCUGCAGGACACCUUAGCAUUGGACUCUUCUCUUCCAAACUUAAACAAAGUCCAAUCCAUAAAAAGUAAUAGAGUGACAGGACACAACUCAGACCUUGCACCAAAAUUUAUUUCUCACGAGUGUGACCUGCAUCUACCUUCAGUGCAGCCUGAGUCUCACUUGCAUGAGUCUGCUUCAUCAUAUCUUACCUCAUCUAUGGACCACUCUCCAGAGUCAAAGCCCAAUAUCCAUUACCUUGAAACUGAUGAUUCAAGAAGGUUAUUAGAAGAGCACACAGGUGUAAAACUUGUUGAUAAUUCUAUUGAUCAUGGAGAUAUACACAAAAAGAAACAAAGUAACAUACCUUCCCCACCAAUAAAAUCAGUACGUCAUGAAGAAAGUGUGGAGAUAGAGAAGCAAGACGGUGCACCUUUCUCACCAUCAGGCUCAUCACCCGUAUGCAAAGUUUCCUUGGAGAUGGAAUUAAGAGACAUGCGUGUGAAACUCUCAUAUCGAUCUGUUGGUACUGAAAACACAUGCACGCACAAACAAACCAGUGCAACUCCCUCAUCAUUAUCAACGUCUCCAAUAUUCAAAACUUCAGAAGGGAAGGAGUUAGAGGAUACCAGUAUAGAACUUUCAUCUAGAUUUGUGCAUUUAGAGCAGAGUCACAAAAAGAAUCAAGGCAUUGCAUCUCUCUCAGCAUCAGCAUGUGAAGCUGUAGGAGUGUCACAAAAGAAUCUUGACUCUAUUGGCAACACUGCCUCACCAAAUCAUACAGCAGAAUCUUGGUGCUCAACAAAUAAAUAUUUUAUCCCUGUAAAAAAAGAGGAGACAAGACAAUUCAGAGGUCAGGAUGGUUAUUUUGAUGGUGCACAUCAUGAGAGUUGCAAGGAGGGAAGCGUCUAUGAACCACUCACAGGUGGUUCAAUAUAUAAUACAGAUGCAGUCAAUGAAAGUAUUGAUGUGGUAAUUAAUCAUAAAGGGUCUCCACAGCAAACUGGAGAAAUAAAUCCAUAUCAGAGUUACCAAGCAUGUAGCAUAACACAAUUUUGUCCUAAUGAAGGGAAAAUAAAAAAUGGGAAUGAGAUGGAAACCCCUUCAGUUAGUCCCAGUAGUACAAGCCCUUCUGGAUCACCUUCUGGGCUAGGUGGCAGAGCAUGGCCAUUAGACCUAUUUUCCCCAGAAGAGGUCACCCUUACUCUGGCACAGAGACUCAGACAAAAGUGUUCAGACAAACAAUUUAGGAAACUUUUAGAUGACCUUGGAUGACCCGUGUCGUUUAAGGAAGUGACAUACAUGUUUGACAAAUCCUCUUUUUUUUUUUUUUAAUGAUAAUUUAGGUUUUAUAUAAAGGAUUGAACAUGAUCAUUUUUAUGCAGUAAUUCAAUUUGAUUCACUGGUAAUAAAUUACAUUAUCAUAAAAUAACCUCAAAAUAAAACAUUGCAAUCCUUUAUUUUCCAGUAUUUUGUUACAAAUCUUACUUAUGUGAUAUAAUGCUCACUUAUACUCUGUAAUAAUAGUAUUUUUUUGUAUAAAAGGAGUAUUUAAUGGUAUAAUGGUAAUUUUUGAGAUUUAUAUGGUAUAACUAUAAUUGUUUAAUUUUCAUAAUGCAGUAAGCAUCAGGGUAGGAACUUAUUGUUUUCACUCUAAAACCUGUGAGCCAUUUGAAUUAAUAUAGAAUUUCUUGUUAGCACAGGGUGAAAUUUUACCCCUGCAAGUAAUAGUAUCUUAGCCCAGUCAUGGGUUGCAGAUACUGCUGUAAAAUCUUAACCAUACAAGGGAUUCAUUCUCUCUCUAUCAGAGAUUUGUGUGAACAAGUCCGACUCCCAUUCUGUGAAAAAAAAGUGUGUGCGUUUAUCAGGGAUUUACGUGAACAGUGAUUUAACUCCCUCUCUGGAAGGAAAAAAAUGUGUGUGUGUGUGUAUACAGUAAACCCUUGCUUUUACAAACCAAUUGUGGGAAGGGGGUAACAUUACAUCUGAAAAUCCAUUAUAUACGAGGUACCCAAACUCUCAAGCUUCUAUUAAAACUUUCUUUGUUAUAUUGGCUGAAAGUUAGCUAUUUCCAACUGCGUCUGUAUAUACCAAAGUUUGGUUGUUAUACAGUGGCCUUGUGUCCAGUGUGAUUCAUGCCCAAGGUGGCAUUUUUUUUGACAAGUAUAUAUUAAAAAUUAAUUAACCCCUUCAACCCGAGGACGCGUAUACUGCGUCCUUGUGUGCCCCGUACCAUAUCCGAGGAUGCGCAUACUGCGUCCUGGCACGCUUUAGCCAAUAUAAGAGUUAUUUUAUCUUUAUAUGUAUGCUUACGUCUCAAAAUUAUCAAUUAAUUUAUGUUUCUUUAUGUGCACCAUUUAAUUCUGCAUGUUUUCAUAUAUAAUACAUGAUGAUUAUGUUGAGUUUAUGGCUGAAAGCUUGUUAUAUUCAAUAGUGACAUUUGAAAUUUGGCACGUGCGGCAAUCCCAGAUACAGCGCGGGGCGCUGUUUUGGCCCGGCCGUAGUGAGUUUCUUUAUGUGUACCAUUUAGUUCUGCAUGUUUUCAUAUAUAAUACAUGAUGAUUAUGUUGAGUUUAUGGCUGACAACUUGUUAUAUUCAAUAGCGACAUUUGAAAUUUGGCGCACGCAGCGAUCCCGGAUAUGUAUUUGUAUGCACACGUCUACUUAGAGUCAUUCUCUCAGUCUCCAUGCAUAGUUUUUAUCCUCACACCUAUUUACUGCCAUAACCGCUUUAACAAACAGGGUUGGUGACAGUAUGCAUCAUUGCCAGGUUAGGAAAACUACAAACAAACUGGGUGAGGAGGCAAUGAUGCAUACUGUCACCAACCCUGUUUGUUAAAGUGGUCAUGAGAGCAAAUAGGUGUGAGGAUAAAAACUAUGCAUGGAGACUGAGAGAAUGACUUGGAGUAGAUGUGUGCAUACAAAUACAUAGGGGUGAGGGUGAGCCCAAGUAGUUGUGAGAAAACUAAAUUUGAAAAAAAUCAGCCUGAUGAAUCUGUGAAUGGGCUAAUUAGGGAGUGAGGCACAGAUAAGGGUUUGCUAUACUCUGUCUAUUUUGUAGCUUGCACUUGGCUCCUAGGUUGCUUCUGUAAGCUCGUCACUGAUUGGGCAGUGGCCUGAGGCAGCCUUCUCCCACACAUCAUAGGAACAGACCUUUCCAUGCUAUAAGUUUUAUGCUUCUUAAGGGGCUCUCACACAUUCCCGGUUCCGGUCCCGAUUGUCCCCGAUGACUCCCAAUAAGCCGAUCGGGCCCUGACCGCCGACAAAAUAGGCAAUAAUCCCGGGACCGCCGGUUUACCGGUGACCACAUACGAUUUUCGAUUUCUACGACCGGCGACUGCAGCAGGUCAGUUGGCGGUAGACCGCCGGCAGACCUGCGGCACAUCGACGAGCAAACACUUUCUUUGCAUUUACAUAUAUUUAUAAUUACCUCAUAAACAGCUUCAUACCUAAAUUCAUUCAGGUUCAUAAAACUCUCUCUCUCUCUCUCAUUUUAUAUAUAUAUAUAUAUAUAUAUAUAUAUAUAUAUAUAUAUAUAUAUAUAUAUAUAUAUAUAUAUAUAUAUAUAUAUAUAU